AUGACUCCGUUGCCUCCGCCGUCAUUGGCGCCGCGCGAAGAUCCGUCCGAGUCGCGCAACAUCUUCAUUCUCGGCAUUUGCGUUCUCUUCGGAUGGAUGAUAGUCAUUCUGAUCUGUGCAUCGCCGCAUGUAAGUCGACCUACAAUACUCACAAUCAGAAUCUGAUUCGGAAAAGAGGAAAAUAGUAGUCUUCCCAAACGUUGAAUUGACCAACUUUGAGGGUCCAUUUCAAAGUAACCCGUAGUCCAGUUGGUCCCUAAAGUUGUUUCUGAAAAGUUCAUGUCUAGUACUUAUUUUCUGUAAUUGACACUUUUCUCGUUGGACCUCUCCCUGGAGUACUGUAGCUCUUGGAAGUUAGCGCUGAAAUAAUCGGCAGCAAAGAGCUACAGUACUCCAAAGAGUGGUCCUAGAAAAAAAGUGUCAACUACAAAAACACUCUACUAGAUGUCAACUUUUCACCGAAAAAGUUCUAGACCUAUAGGGUUCGAAACCUCAAAGUUCACUUUCAUGCAAGUUUGCCCAAAAAUGGAGCACCGUUUGCUGCCUAUUUGCUCAGCUGUUCAGCCCAUAAACUUGUCCAGCCAAGAGAUCCGCUUCUCCCUCAUUUUCCGCCUAAAAAUGGCAUUGCAGUUGUUCCGGAACUAUCUCAAAAAGUGGUUCAAACACGACGAGGACCCGGUGACCGAGAAGAUCCGAAAGGUAAAUCCCCGUGGUCGCGCAGUUGGACGACGUUGUUUUUCAGGCGGAAGCACGUCUUCAGGAGACCCUCCGUCUCGCCCAGAAGCCCUCCAACUUCCUCGUCGAUCAGGCGUCCGUCAUGUCGACGAUGGCCAAACGGGCAGAUGUCAUCGUGCCCGAGGUGAGGGGGGUUACUGUAGUUACUAGAAGGAUGCUGUAGACGGGACAGUGUCUCUUUUUCUUACAUUUUUCGAAGCUUUCGCGAAAAUCGUCAAAAAAUAUCAAUUUUUACACGGGUUAUACAUUUGCAGACACGGCUAACUCUGGAUCAAGUGGCCGAGGAGGAUGAAGACGAAAUCUCGUAA